AAUAAAAGAUGGAGUCCGCAAACUCGUUAGACACACAAGAUCACCUCGAACCAAUUAUCUACAUUUGUGCUGAAUGCGGAAAGGACCUCGCGGUACAACCUACGCAAACUGUGAGAUGCCGUCACUGCGGAUCCAGAAUAUUGUACAAGAAAAGAUCACAUAGAAUAGUACAAUACGAGGCAAGGUGAUCCGCGUAAUAUUGUUGUGGAUACAUCUAGUGAGCUACGAUAUAACCUUUUAGUAAUAGAUUAUCCGGGAUACUACCUACUAGCAUAAUGACGAAGUUGAGUGAUACUGUCGAUCAAAUAGAAAACCUUAAAAAAUAUGUUGAACACUUUCUAGCAACCAAUGAUGACGAAUUAAUUGGGAUGUACAGUGAAUAUCAAGUGUUCAAGAAGUUGUUGAGCAGCUUGCUGCCAGUUGUAGGUAAAUACAGACUGGAGCUAAAUGUACCUGAUGACAAGGUUAUAUUCGGACCUAAAACUAGACAAAUUGUAGAACAAUUAAUAAGGCAUUACGAUAAGGUAUACGAAAUAGAUGAGGAAGUGCUAUCAUCCAGGUUCCUAGAAGUGGAGCAGGUACACGAUAUACUGGCACGUGAGGCACAAGACAGUGGAGAAGAAGCAGAAGUUAGAGGUAUGUCUAUCAUUGAAGAAACGAAAGAAGAUCUGAAAAGGAUUGAACGUGCCAAGGAAGUGUCGAAAGUGGUAUUGCCACCAGCAGAUUUCAGUAAUAUACAAGACUCAGAUCGUGAAGUAAACGAUCCGUUUUAUAUAGUGCAACAAGUAUACAAAACUGAACCUGCAGUAGUACUCGAGAAAGUAGUAGCACAGCUACAUGAAGAUAACCCAGAUGGAUUCCUACAAAUUAUGGAGAAUGUAGCCAACCUGAUCUCGCAAAUAGCCAGACACCCGGAUAACACAACACUACGAGUGCUAAGGAUAACAAAUGAAAAGCUGUACCAAGAUUUUAUCCAGUACCCAAAGGCAAUAGCACUGCUAAAGUACGCACGAUUCAAGCUUAAACACGGCAAUGAUCUUAGAGAAGUACUGGAGCAGCUCGCCAUCGGCAACAUGAAGGAUGAAUACUUCCUGUACCUACACGAGCCUGAUAUGUUCAAUGAUUACCGAAGUUGGAAAGAAUGGAUAGAUUUCAUAGAAGCAACUAAUCGCACACUAGAAGAGCUGAUUGUGCAAUACAAGUCAGUUCUAAGACGUAGGAAGGUUAAUGAUCGCAACACAUUGGAAGAAGCGUUGCUACAGGCAGGGUGUGCCCGCCCAUCCAACCAAAGCGCUGUGACCUAGCGCGUCCAUAGAUACAAACUUAAAUU